CAGGCGGUGUGCUUUGACGUCGAUAGCACAUUGUGUGAGGAUGAGUCCAUCGAUGAGCUGGCUGCAUUUCUAGGAGUGGGAAAUGAGGUAGCUGCCAUGACUGCAAGUGCCAUGGGGGGAACAGUGCUCUUCCAAGACGCACUCAGGCAGCGCCUGAACAUCAUGCAGACUUCGCAACAGAAGGUUCAGGAGUUCUUGGCAGCACAUCCACCGCGCAUCAGCAAAGGCAAGACAGCUUAUGACUAUGCUGGCUGCCGCAUACCUGAGCUUGUGAGCCUCUUGCAAAGCCGAGGAACUGGCGUAUUCCUGGUGUCUGGUGGCUUUCGCGUGAUCAUUGAUCCCAUCGCUGACAUCUUGAAGAUUCCGCGUGAUCAUGUAUAUGCCAACAGGAUCCUCUUCAAUGAAGAUGGAUCAUAUGCGGGAUUUGAUGAGACCGAGCUUACUUCUCGCAGUGGUGGCAAGGCAGCUGCAGCGCGUCUUAUAAAGGAGAAAUAUGGCUAUAGAACCCUUGUCAUGGUGGGAGAUGGAGCCACAGACCUUGAAGCAAGGCAACCAGGCGGUGCUGAGAUAUUCAUAGGCUAUGGAGGUGUGGUCGAGCGGCCCACCAUAGCAGGAAAGGCAGAUUGGUACAUCUACAAUAUUGAGUCACUUAUUACAGCUCUGCAGUAG